CGCGACUCUCCAGCUGACGGCGGCGCUGAGGGCGGUGCUGAGGGCGGCUCUGUGCCGGCCCCGCCCCAAGAUGGCGGAGCAGAUCCAGGUGCUGCGCCGCGCUCUCAAGCACCUCGGCGGCCACGGCGGCAUCCGCGGUGCCCUGUUGCAGCUGCUGAGGGUCAAUGAUUUGAAGACUGGAACGCUGAUUGGGAUUGACAAAUAUGGAAACAAAUACUAUGAAGACAAAAGAAACUUCUUUGGUCGACACAGAUGGGUCAUCUAUACUGAUGAAAUGAAUGGAAAAAAUACGUUUUGGGAAGUUGAUGGAAGUAUGGUGCCCCCUGAAUGGCAUCGCUGGCUUCACUCAAUGACGGAUGACCCUCCAACUACUCAUCCACCAGUUGCUCGGAAAUUUAUCUGGGAGAACCAUAAAUUCAACCUGAGUGGCACUCCUGGACAGUACGUACCUUACUCUACUACUCGCAAGAAGAUACAGGAGUGGAUCCCACCUACGACAGCUAGCAAAUAACAACAAAAAAUGUGACUUGCCUCAGCUUUGGAUUUCAGUGUAAAUUGUAUUUUCACUGGUCUUCUUCAAAUAAAAGCCUCCUAUAACA